AUGCGUCCACCGACUACCACCGUCCUACUUUCCUUCCUUUCUAUUAUAUUCUCGGCGACUGCUCAAACUCCUGAUGGCGAUAUCGUACCCUUCUCGACUCUGCCAGCCUGUGCCGCACUAUGCGGUCCUCUCUACGAUGUACAAGGAGGAUGUGCUCCUCCAGCAAAGGCAACUGUGGACAAUAAUUGUUUCUGCGCCGACUCGCGCCUCACGCCAUUCACUUCAACUGAUGGGACAUCUGGCGUGUCACAAGUCUGUGGUCCAGCGAGCUGUUCUGCAGCAGCGGAUCUGACGGCUAUCAGAUCGUGGUACAGCACUUUUUGCAGUAGUACUUCAGCUGAAGCUCCAGCUGCGGACCCAGCGGCGGGUACUGCUCCAACUUCUACUGCGUUGAAUGGAGCGGUGGCUAGCUCUACGGGGUCGAGCACGCCGAGACCUGUGGGGAGUGCUAAUAGUAAUCGUAGUUGGAUCUCUGGUCACUACCAGUGGGUGAUCAUGAUCUGCAUCAUGUUCGUGACUAUUGUCGGGGGCUGGAUCGGCGCCUGCAUGCUCCGGCGCAGAUACCUCCGCAAGAAGGAGCGUGAGCUCGAGAUGAAUCCUCCUGUUGCUUGGGGCCCGCACCAAUUGCAAGGAGCCACUGGAGGCUAUAAUAACGGAGACGGGGUGCUCAACGGCAACCCACCAAACAGCGUUGGUGGUCAUUCCAAGGAGUUCACAGAAGCAACCGUCACGCCACCUGCCUCGAAUAGGGGAAGCAAAGGCUUUCUAUCGAACAAUCGGUUCGCGUUGUGA